AUCCCCAGUACCCAUUAAAAAAAAAAAAAAGCUGGGAAGGAAAACCUGCAGGGGCCAACGAAGCCAGGCCAUCUCUUAGCUGCCCUUCAGGGUUUUGGCUUCAGUGAAUGUUCAGCUCUCCUCCCAUGUUUUGGUAGGUAAAGGCUGAUAGCUUAACCCCUGCACUUAAGCCCUUAGCUCUCAAAGGAUUCUGAGGAUCCUUGACUAAGUGAAAAGGAAAAAUUCUGGAAUUCAGUCUCUUAAGUCAACCUCACACAUACUGUUAACCUUUCCUCGGCAAAUCUCCACCUGCCUGCCCUGUAUCUGAUUUCCGCCAGGUGUCCUUGUGUGGGCCUGUUCCUUGUGCCAACUGCUGCCACCUCAGCCACCUGUUGUAUACCCUCAAGGCAACUUCCAGCCUGCUGCCUCCUGCUGCCAAGGGCAGUGGUGCAAAGGCACUGGUGGGCAAGGGACAGGCAUAAAUGGGAAGAGGUGGGUUGCAAAGUGGGAAAAGAAAACAGUAAGAAUGCUGAAAUAGAUUUAGACAGAAGCAGGGUACAAAGGGGUAGCCAUAUCUCUGCAGAUAUUGAGAAUGGUCUCAUACACUCCAUCCAGAUCUACAUGCCCUCAGUGGUGUGCUCCCCACUCUGGCCACUCUGCUUGUCCUGUGCUCAGGGUUCUGGGGCUGUUCACAGAGUAUGUGCAGCAAUAUCUAUCUUCCAUCUGCCUGCUAUGCUUCUGGUCCACCUCCAUUCCCCCACCCAGCCGGAGGGAACAGACUAUAGCUGGUUCCUAGCUGUACUGCUAGACACCCUAAGAUUUUUGGUGGGUUUGGGAGCUGUGCUUCUGUUCUAUCACUACAUACGUUCAGCUGGCUGCCUGCUCAACAGGAUGCUGCUAAGAUAUUCUAGGUUUGGGGAGACUUAUAGUAUGAUAGUAAACGUCCCUGGGCUUUCUACUCUGGUUACCUUCUUCCAUGAUUGUAAGGAGGUAGGAACAGUCCAUGGCCCCAUGUAUUCUCUAACCAGAGUUUUUGGUUCCACAGCUAUGAGCAAGCAGAACUGGAAAAGACACUCACCAAGGAUUACUGGGCUUCCUUCUGGGUCAAAAUUACCUCAUGCUGGGCCUGUAUUCUCUCUCUGGGAAUGCUACUGGCACCACUGGUGGUCUUCCACCCAGGACCCCAAGCCCCUCUUCAGGAAAUACUGUCAUCUUUCUAGUAUUGCCAGACAGCACUCUCCCAACCCCUUCUUUCAAAAAACUAGGAUGUAGUCUUGGAGGAGGGGAGCUGUCCAACUUACUUCAAUACCUCAGAACAUAAUGGAGUUAUCUCACACUUUAGGCUUAUAUACUGCCUGAACUGAAACCCAAAAGCUCUGGGCAGUUUCUGAUUCACUGAAGCUCAUUUUAAGUCUUCAUCUCAGUCCAAAAACCUAGAUCUCAAAUUAGCAGCUCAGGAACUACUGCUGACCCGUGCAGACAAUGUGGCACCUGCCCUUCCCUGGCCCCUAAACUGGAGGUGGGGGUUGGGAAGACACCAACACGGACUGAAGACUUGGAUCUGUCCUUGCAGACAAAAAAAGAAAAUAAGCUGUUCAACUCUGGGCACAGGGGUAGAUGCCCAGAACCACAGAACAAACCAGGGCACAACAAGAAAAGGAACACAGUAAGGCUACCCCGGGUUUUAAUCCCGAUCUUAAAAGUCAAAGGAAGUGAGACAACAAAAAACCACCCUCAUUCCAGGAUGAAUGACAGAACACAAAGAAUGUGAACACCUGGGAGCAGCUGACCAUAGAAAGUCAGGGAGCAGCAGAAUUUUUUUUGGCCAACUUUCAAGCAGACAAACAAACCGAGGAAGAAUAAGGAAGAGCAGUAUAAACCUAGUCUUGGAGCCUUCCCUGUUAACUCCAUCCUUGGGAUGGUGUUCAAAGUCUGAGUUGGGACAAAAAUCACAGAAAAGUUUUGAAAGGAGUCCUCUACCGCAUAACUAGCGUACUUUGUCAGAGUAAAAUAAGGCUUUUCCUGUGAUGUUCCUCUCAUUAGGUCUACUUAACCCCAAUCUCUUGGACUCUAAAGACUCUUCCCUUAUGAUGGGAAAGGGCAGGCACUGUUCCAUCCCCAUCCCCCCAAAUCCCCAGUCAAACCAGGCGCUCAAGGAAUUACAAAGCUACUUUUAAUACUUUGGGGUUUACCCCACAGGAAUAAAAAACACUGGGAAGAGGUAACCUCCUCACCCCCAGGAGUGGCCCAGGGGGAGAGAGGCUACCUGAGGGGAAGGAAGCACAAAAGGGACCCGCUGCAGACUCAGGGCAAAGGGAAUGCCAUCGGUGCUGGGACCUGUGAGCACUACAGGAGGAAACACGAGCAUGGUGGGACUGGCUCCAGGCACACAGGCGAAGGGCAAGAGGGUUGGACACGAAGCCACAAAGCUACUUGGGUUCCUCCUUCUUCUCGUUUGCCUUUUUCUGCUUC